UAAAAAAAUUUUUCCAACGCUUUUCAAACAUGGAAAUCACUGAGCCUACACUCUGCAUUUUCUAUGUGAACAAAUUUUUGGCACUGGCACCAUUCUCGGUACGACGAAACUCGAAGGGCGCGCUAGAUAUACGACGCAGUGUCAUGUUUUCGGUUUAUUCGGGCUCACUGUGCUUAAUAAUGGUGAUUUUAACCUAUCAAGGCCUUCUCUUUGACGCAAAUUCGCAGGUGCCAGUUCGACCAUCUUUUAGAAUGAAAUCGGCCACAUCGAAAGUGGUUACAGCUUUGGAUGUAUCCGUUGUGGUAUUGGCAUGUUCGGCGGGUGUUGGUUGCGGUUUAUUGGGAUAUCGAGCGACACGCGAGCUAAAUACACGUUUGAGAAAGAUUGAUGAUUCCAUGCACUCGUAUUCAAAUUUUAAACGUGACCGGACAAUGGCCAUAUUAAUGAUGGUGUUGCCUCUGACAGCUAUUACUUCAAUAUUGGGACUUGACCUUUCUACGUGGCUACGGUUUGCUAUUGGCGUGAGAACGCCUCAGGACGACACGGAGUUGAACGUGCAAUGGUAUAUACCCUUUUAUAGCCUCUACUUUAUACUCACCGGUCUGCAGAUCAAUUUCGCCAAUACUGCUUUUGGUCUGGGUAGACGUUUUCGACGUCUAAAUGUGAUGCUGCGGAAUAGUUUUCUGAAAGAUAAUAAUCAAAAGGACGCUCCAAUGAAGCCUCCAAUUACCACUGUAAAAGUAGUGUCACAGCAUCCAUUAGCAUUACAUCAAAGUCUGGCGAAAUUAACAAAUGAUACAUUGCAGGGAUCAGGCAAGCAAAAGGUCAAUUUACUAAGAUUACUUGAAGAAAACCAUGAGUCUUUGGGGAAAUGCAUGCGCUUGGUAUCCAACUCUCACGGCUUUGCUGUACUCUUCAUUUUGGUCUCCUGCUUGCUACAUUUGGUUGCAACAUCAUAUUUCCUCUUUCUGGAGUUGCUCAGUAAAAAAGACAGCGGCAUGGUGUGGCUACAAGUUUUAUGGAUUAUUUUCCAUGCAUUACGUUUAAUAUUGGUGGUGGAACCAUGUCAUUUGGCAACGGUGGAGUCCAAAAAGACGAUACAAAUCGUUUGUGAAAUUGAACGUAAAAUACACGAUCCAAUAUUGGCUGAAGAGGUGAAAAAAUUCUGGCAACAAUUACUUGUCGUCGAUGUAGAAUUUUCAGCAAGUGGACUUUGUCGGGUUAAUCGUACGCUGCUAACAUCGUUCAGCUCGGCUAUUUGCACAUACUUGGUAAUACUCAUACAAUUUCAAAAUACCAAUGGUUAGACAAGUUGAAAUAACAUUUGCGACAAAUAAAAGUUUAUUUAAAUUUGCAAUUUGAAUUGAG